UACAAGUAAGUAUAGUAUAUAAUAUCUCUUACAAGAAAAACGCGACUCGCUCGAUUGCACUACACCGACCACGCGGACGGUAACUCGGAGCAGAGCGCGCGUAAACGCAGAGAGGCAACGACGACGACGACGACGAGGAGGAGGAGGAGAAGGCACGUGGAGAGACGUUCGCCCGCAGUGCAGACGGCCAUUCACGUUAAAAAAAACUCAACGGUGUGGGCGAUACACCCAGAACGAAUCUGAGUAACGAAUACCAGCUACAAGGCGACGCGGCGACUACGGCGGCGACGACACCGAAACGUAGAAAGAUGCCGGAGACCGCACACCAUAUGAACGGCUACGCGAAUGGCCACGCGCCGCCUGAGCUGCAGCAGGAUACCGCGUUCCUGUUCACAUCGGAGUCUGUUGGCGAGGGACACCCAGAUAAAAUGUGUGAUCAAAUAAGCGACGCCAUUUUGGAUGCACACCUGAAACAAGAUCCUGACGCUAAAGUAGCAUGCGAAACCGUAACAAAAACUGGGAUGAUAUUAUUGUGCGGAGAAAUUACAUCAAAGGCUGUAGUGGAUUAUCAGAAGAUCGUUCGUGAUACAGUAAAACACAUCGGUUACGAUGACUCUUCAAAAGGAUUCGAUUGGCGUACACUGAACCUUUUGGUGGCGAUCGAACAGCAAUCACCGAAUAUCGCGGAUGGUGUCCAUAUGGACAGACAAGAGACGGAUGUGGGUGCAGGUGAUCAGAAAUAUCUCGAAGAUGAAUUCAAAGCACUGGAAUGUGAUUCCAACAAAGUGCCGAUACUACUUAUCAUGUUUAUAGGAAGUUUUGACUACAAGCUGUGCAAUGUUCUGUUGGCACUCGACGCUCAGUCACCAAAUAUCGCGGCAGGCGUUCAUGAAAACCGUAGCGACGAGGAAGUGGGAGCAGGAGAUCAGGGUCUAAUGUUUGGAUACGCAACUGAUGAAACUGAUGAAUGUAUGCCACUGACGGUCGUGUUAGCGCAUAAAUUGAAUCAGAAAAUCGCCGAGCUAAGACGAAGUGGCGAACUAUGGUGGGCUCGUCCAGAUUCAAAAACACAGGUAACCUGUGAAUAUAUCAUGGACCAUGGAACCUGCGUACCUAUAAGAGUCCAUACUGUUGUCGUGUCACUGCAACAUAGUGAAAAAAUUAGUCUAGAUGAGCUACGUAAGGCGGUCAUGGAGAAAGUCAUCAAAGAAGUGAUUCCAGCGAGAUAUUUGGAUGAAAGAACAGUCUUCCAUGUGAAUCCUUGCGGGCUUUUCAUUAUUGGUGGACCACAGAGUGACGCUGGUCUUACUGGUCGAAAGAUCAUCGUAGAUACGUAUGGCGGUUGGGGAGCACAUGGUGGUGGUGCAUUUUCUGGUAAAGAUUUUACGAAAGUGGAUAGAUCAGCUGCAUAUGCUGCAAGAUGGGUUGCUAAAUCCUUGGUGAAGGCUGGUCUCUGCAGACGUUGUCUUGUACAGGUUUCUUAUGCUAUUGGAGUAGCGGAACCGUUGUCUAUCACAGUUUUCGAUUAUGGCACAUCCACGCGUUCACAAAACGAACUCUUAGACAUAGUGCACAAGAACUUCGAUUUGCGACCCGGAAAAAUCGUUAAAGAGUUGAACCUUCGCAACCCUAUUUAUCAACAAACCAGUACAUAUGGUCAUUUUGGACGAGACGGUUUCACAUGGGAGCAACCAAAAAAGCUGGUCUUUGAUUGAUGAGAGGAUGGAUUUUAAAUUGGUUUUGGCGUUUUUCGGUUUUAGAUAUUUGAUAGAAUCUGUUUCUCGUUCUCUAAUUCUAUCUCCCUCUCUAUCUUUUUCUCGGAGAAAAAAAAUCGUAUUUCAAGUAAAAGAAAAGAAUUUCGUCCGCGAUAUACUUCGAUCUCCGUGCCGCAGCCAUUAUCGAGGCCAUCGAUUACGCCAAUACUUAGCAAUAGAGAGGACUAGGUAUGGGCAAUUCUCUUUCUAGUUCUUUUUGCCAUGGAAUACCGCAUUAUAUAUGUGACGACAGGCAUAGUACAAAUAUCGUUUAUAAUCCAGUAUAUUACAUCCAAUCCAAUACAUUACAUCGCAUUAUGAAAAAAGCGUUACGAAAAGAGCGAACUAAGCCUAUAUUAUGAAGCGCAUUUUCAUGUUUAGAUGUUUAAAAACUUCUUUCUUAAACUGAUGUGAGUGAUUUACAAGAAAACACAGGGAAGUGUCCCCCUCUGAUUUUGACGAGUUUUAAUUUGUGUAAUCCAGACUAAAAUAAAAGACGUUUUUUUUUAUACAUGAUUAUACUCAUUUUUAUGUAAUGAAAUGCUUCUUUUUUUUUUAAGUAGAUCAAUUUCUUUCAAAGCGAAUAUCGUCAAAACUGUUAAAAAUUUGCUUACCAUUAUAAAAUAUUGCAGAUCAUUCACAUACAAUUUUCAUCAAAAAAUUUUUUUAAUCUUUUAUAGAGCUGAUUUGUCAUCCUCUAAAAGGAAAGUGUUUCAUCCCCCAAAAGUGCAUAUUGUCAUAUAAAAAAAAUAUGUUUUUUAUUUUAGUCUAAACUAUGGCUGCGAUCCACUUAGCACUUCAAACGCUACAGAGCAUUUGUAGCACUGACAUGGCUGGUCUAUUUGAUGCUUCAGAAUGCUCCCAGCAACUCUGAUUACGUCAUCAAUACGUCAUCGUUUUUGCUCCCACUUCGCUCCAACUGCCUCACCUCGGAAGGUAGGUUGGCUGGAGCAUUCACGUAGCAAUUGUAGCAUUCGAAAUAAUAAUGGACCAAUCGGAGCGUAGCGUUUGGAGCGUAACGUUCAGAGCAUUUGGAAGAAGCAAGUGGACCGCAGCCUAUAACGUAUUAAAAACUGAUUAAAAUCGGAAGAGAUAGAUACUUUUCUGUGUUUUCUUGUCAGUCUGGUAACAGCAAAUUACAUGCUGAUGCUAUUUACUUGCAAAUAAGUAAGAAGAAAAAAAACUUGUAGUAGAUAAAAUUUUCAUCUUAAAAAAAAAUGUAUAAACAAGCGCAUAUCGAUACGUGUUUUCAGAUUCGAGAAUGUAACUGCAGAUCUUAUAGAUUUUUAGCUGUAUUAGUCCCUCGCACGUACAUGAAAGUUCGAUGCUCCGAUUUGAUUAGUUAAUGUUCAUUUUUACCAGUGUAAGUUAAAGUUAAUUUAUAUUGAUAGAAAUAGACAUAAACGAGCUAAUUUUUUAAUCAGAAUGCAUAAAUCACAUACCGCUGAUUUACGUAAAGUAUUUUAUUUCAUUAAUGACACUAUCGAAUUACCGAUCGAUCUUUCGUGUACGUAUCUUCACUAGAAUUAUUAAUCGUUGAGGAGAAAAAAGAAGUGUAAAUUGACAGUGUAUUCUUGAUGUAUGUGUAGCAAAGAAGGAAAUGACGUUGCACGUCAUGAACGCGUCACGUUCAUGAGUUUUACGAAAGAUAGUUACAACAUAAUAUCGGAUAAAAUACAUUAUCAAUUAGAGUAGAAUCAUCAUUAAAUAUCUUAGAGUAUUUAAAAAUCAUCAGAUUAGAGUUUACAGCUUCGUAAUAAAAUUAGAUUUCACAUCAUUUUAUAGUAUAGGUACACGCGAAUAUUCGUAACUAUGCAAUGUAUUUAAUAACUCCAUGGAAUGUACGGUCAUUUCCCCCUUUGCUAUUGUUUUAACUAAAUAGAACAAUUGCAGCAGAUAUUAUAAAAAGAUGCGAAAUUGAAAAUCUAAUCUCGGUAGAGAUCCAGCACAGACCGUGUGACGGAGCUCGAAACUGUUGUAGAAUUUUUCAUUGUUCUUUGGUAUAUAUAUUAUCCGACAUUGUCGGAUUUUAAUAGCAGACAAAAAUUUAAAAACCCUUGUAAAAAUAUUUAAUCACCUUCUGGCAGAAUUGAUGUGUGCGAUUUGCGUGAAAACGAUAUCGGCAAUAUGUAAUAGUGCACAGAUCAUGAAAAAAAAACACAAUAAAACGGAUUUUUUAAUAAAAAAA